AUGACGGCGGCCAACCUGUUGCACCGCCAGCCGGAGUCGUACGCAAAAAAGCAAGACUAUGAGUUCCAUAAAACACUCGGGAAAGGGACGUUUGGUGUUGUCCGCUCGGCGGUGCGGAAAAGUCCCGACGGGCCGCAAAAUGUUGCUGUUAAAGUGAUAAGCAAACAUUUACUCAAGGACCGCCACGAAGUCGUCAUGCGCGAGAUCGAGACAGUCCAGGGUCUUGAUCAUCCUCAUAUUGUCAAGCUUGUCGACUGGUUUGAGUCCAAAGACAAGUUUUACCUUGUCUUUGAGGAGGCCGACGGCGGCGAGCUGUUUGAUCGCUUGGUCAAGGGCCGUUUCUCCGAGAGGGUCGCGUGCAAUACCAUCCGUGUUGUUGUAGAGGCGAUUGCGUACAUGCAUCACCACAACACAGUGCAUCGCGACAUCAAGCCAGAAAACAUUUUGUACCGCACACCCGCAGAAGACGCCAAUAUUGUACUUGUCGACUUUGGCAUUGCAGCGCACCUGCGCGAUGAAGACGACACGGAUUUGCAUGGACUCUGUGGCAGUAUUGGCUACGCAGCGCCCGAAGUCAUCGCGCGGAAAGGCUACGGAAAGCAAGUCGAUAUGUGGGGCAUCGGCGUGGUAACGUACGCAAUGCUUUCUGGCCACGCGCCAUUCUCCUCCGCAGAUCCCGGGCUGUUUAGGAAGCAACUGGAGAUCGGCAAGAUCGAAUUUAAUGGCAACUGCUGGGACUCUAUCAGCCCGGAAGCAAUCGACUUUGUAAAACAGUGUCUCAUGCUGGACCCUGAAAACCGCAUCACUGCCGACGAUGCACUGCAGCAUUCAUGGCUCACGGAGAGCACAUAUAUGGCGUCCGACGACGAUAUCAGCAAGGGUCUUCGCGAGAACUACCGUAGCAAGUGGAAAGUUGCUAUGACGACUGUGCGCGCAACGCAGAAGUUCCAGCACGCCGCCGAAAUCCACCAGCAGGGCGAGCCUUCUUCGCCCUUGUUUUCCGAUGACGAGGACCAGCCAUUUACACGGGAUGUGAACACAACGACGCGCCCCGACUGGGUCACAAGCUCUGCCGAUCCUAGUCCACCCGUCGAGCAGAGGCCGCGCAGUGCGUCACACGACCGGAGCAGCAGCCAGGGCCAACAGCACCACCGGUGGGGGUGGGAAUCGCUCAUGGCCAAAUUUCACGCAUUCCGUGGCACCGACUAA